CUUGAAAUAUUCGAUCACCAUUUUGUAUCUCCAUCUUGAAUUUGUAACCUUUUUCUUAGAUCGGUGUUAAUAGUAGUAAUAUUUAAAUAUCUAUUAAUUGAAAUAAAGUAAUUCAAGAACAAUUAUUCUUUAACAAUGGCGCAAAAUAAAUUAAAUGAUUUCGCGUCACGAUUUAGCAAAAGUCCUAAUAAUUUAUCUUUAGGUUUCAAAGUUCUUGCAGCAGCCGGCGUGGCGGCUUACGGAAUAGCUAAAUCUAUGUAUACAGUGGAUGCUGGUCAUAGAGCUAUUAUAUUUUCUCGUCUUAAUGGGAUCCAAAAAGAUAUUUUUUCAGAGGGUUUACAUUUUCGUGUUCCAUGGUUUCACUACCCUAUAAUAUAUGACAUUAGAAGUAAACCAAGAAAAAUUUCAUCACCUACCGGUUCAAAGGAUUUACAAAUGGUUAAUAUAUCUCUUCGAGUUCUAUCGCGGCCUGAUGCAGCUUCAUUGCCUACUAUGUAUCGUCAAUUAGGUCUUGAUUAUGAUGAGAAGGUAUUACCAAGUAUAUGCAAUGAAGUUCUUAAGUCAGUUGUUGCUAAAUUUAAUGCAUCACAACUUAUAACACAAAGGCAGCAAGUUUCAAAUUUAGUACGUAAAGAAUUAACUGAACGUGCCCGUGAUUUUAAUAUUGUGUUAGAUGAUGUUUCUAUAACAGAGCUUAGUUUUGGAAAAGAAUAUACUGCUGCGGUAGAAGCUAAACAAGUAGCCCAACAAGAAGCUCAAAGAGCUGCAUUUGUAGUUGAAACAGCUAAACAAGAGAGGCAACAAAAAAUUGUACAGGCUGAAGGAGAAGCAGAAGCUGCUAAAAUGCUUGGUAUAGCUUUGAGCCAAAAUCCAGGGUAUUUGAAGCUUCGUAAAAUACGUGCGGCUCGACGAAUUGCUCGCACGAUUGCACAAUCUCAAAAUCGAGUGUAUCUUAGUGGAAAUAGUCUCAUGUUAAACAUUCAAGAUCCAUCGUUUGAUGACUCCUCAGAUAAAUUGAAAAAUAGUGAACAAUUGAACUGGAGCAAUUGGAAUGACAUAACACUGAAUGCCGGUUUUAUCAUAAAAUCUGGUUCCCAAGCAUUAAAAAUUGCAGACAAAACAUCCAUCAAGCAUACAUCAACAGAUCCUGAAGAUCCUAUUUCUCUUUUAUUGGAAUCAGCAGAUUAUAGCGCUAAAAUGAUAGUUUCAUAAAUGUAAAUUUCAUAUUUCAAAACAUUCACAGUUUGCGUAGCGAGCUUGUAAAAAAUAAUUUGGUUAAACUUUCACAUUGCUUGUACAUUCUGUAUCUUAACAUUAGAUUAAUUUUAUAUAUUGUUAUAUAAUAUAAUUAAAUAUUAAUUUU